AUACCAUAGCUGAUAAUCAGAGAUAUCAAAGUGUGUGUAUAUAAUUAUUAUAUCUGGAUGAUUAUUAAUUGUGGGUAUGAUAAGGGACAUGCCAAGUUUAAAGUUCAUUAGCGGUUGCACAUUCUAUGAAUAUUGAUACAUUUUGAGGUAUGAGGCUGGAAUGACAGAUGCCCAUAUUUCAGCAAAAGAUCGUAUGCCGACUUUCUGCGACGAGCAGACGACAAAAUUGUUUCAAUCUAAACACCAACACUCGAAAUAAUGCCGCGUUCACACGGUUCGCAUUCAGAAAUACGUGCUGCUAAUGACCAUAGACUUACACCAAUAUAUUCGCCAGUAUUGAAAACAAACAGUGAUAAUAGUCGAACGCCUACUGACACAGACUCUCCACUAACAUGCUCUCAAUCUUUGUUAAAUGGAAAUUAUGUUGAGGAUACAUAUGAAGAUUCUCAUGAAAGCCAGACACAUCAUCAAAGACACAAGAGCGUUUUACCGCCGAUAAACAUCGACAGUAGGCCGUAUACAUCGCAAAAUAAACACGGUAAAAAUCGACCGCAUCAAACACGUAAGAAGGAAGAUAGAAGAACAACGGAUACAUUAAAGUUACCAUCAUUGGAAUCAUUACGCAAAUUUACAAAACAUAACGAAAUAAGAACACCAGAAAACGCUCAAAGCGAAAUCGUUCUGUUGCCGAAAAUUCAUCGAAACGAACGAGUUGCUGCUGAAUACGUUGUAGACGACGUUCAACAAAAUGACCUAUUAAAAACAUCUUCAGUUAUACCUAAAUUGCCUGAUUUGGUGUCAGGACAUUUAGUUUCGGGUCCACAUUUUGGAACUGUUAGUCGGAGAAAACAUGUUUCUAAGCGACUUAAUUCGACAAGAAGUCCCGAAUGUGUUGGAAAAAAGAAGAAAAAGUCAAAUAACAAACGUGUUAAUGGGAAUAAUUCGGAUUCUGAUUAAAUUCGUGAUAUUAACACUAUGACGAUAUGAAGGCUUAUUUCGUUGCUUCGCUGAUGCAUAAUAUGCAACAUAUUUUUUUGCGGAUAUCAGUUUGUGACGUCCACAGUAUAAAGCUUCACAUGGCAGGCAUCAAACACAUCUCCGCCAAAUUGUGCCCGUUUGAUGCUGCGCAUGUUGACCAGAUACCCCGUUAGCCAAGCAACGUUUGCAUUUUGUACGCGUUUAAUUUCAUCACACUUCGAAUGGUUAGGCCUACUGACGUAUUUUAUUUUGCAACAUAAAAUAAACAUAAUUUUAAGUUCUUGCUCUAAUUAAUGGCGCCUUAUCCUUAAGUUUUUAGUGGCCUCUAUUGCUAUUAAAUUUUUGGGGAGAGUUCUUAAUUUGUUUUUUUGCACUGGUGCAAUUUAGAAAGGUAUGAUUUCAUAGAAAUUGUUGACACUUUGGUCAAUUUGGAAUGUUUUUUUUAACGAAGAGUAAAGAGAAAGUUCGUAAAAAAUGAAUGAAUAUACAAAGAAGUCCGGGAGAUUGGUAGUCAUAAGUAUUUCGAUAGAAAUGGAAAGAACAGGUGAGAUAGGAUUAUUAUCAUCUCGGCCUCAGUUCACAAUGGAGCAAAUCCAUAUAAAGCGCUAAAUUGUUAGAUCCAGAAUUUUUCAAACGGUGGGGGGGGGGAGGGGGUAAGGCGGAGAACCGUUUCAGAAAAAAAAAACAUUGGUAGGGCCUAUGCAUUGAAAUUUCAACAAUUUAGUGGCAAACGGUGGACAUGUUCCCCCUACUGGAUCCUCCCCUAGGCCCGAGGAAGCCUACUCUACAAAAUGUGACAUUUUCACACGCAAAGGGCAGUGAAAAACAGGCGAAGUUGCGUUUGUGGCGUAAAUCCUGUUGUUUUUGCGUUUGAAACGUGAAUGUGAACCAGGCUUAAUUAUUGCUGUUGACAUUUUUUUGCCAGUUUAUACGGGAUAAGCCUAUUGUCAGUGUUUAAUUGAUAUUUAUUUCCCAAGAAUCAAUAUUAUACUUAUCGUCUUUGAAACUUUAAAAUUAUAUUUCCAUUAUUAUCAUAUAUAUAUAUAUAUAUAUAUAUAUAUAUAUAUGUGUGUGUGUAUAUAAUAUGUAUGUGUGUGUAUAUGUAUAUUUAUAUAUACGGUAUAUAUUCAUUUAUUUAAGAACUAAUUCAUUGAGAGCUGCUACACGAUGUAUAUUUUUAUGUCCUUUAUUUUAACACUGUAUUUACCUUUCUUUGAUGAUUAUAUGUAUAUACAUAUAUAUAUAUAUAUAUAUAUAUAUAAUAUAAUAUAAUUAGCGUGUGGUUAGUUCUGCGGUAUCUGGAGGUUAUGAAAUUUAAUAUCCUUGGACAUUAAGUGAACUGUUGUUUACCAUAGUUAAUAUGUUAGACUUUUAUAACGCUAACAAGGCCAUUAAGCUCUAGGGUGGCACUAGGAUUUGCCCGUCGGGGUGGAGGGGGAGGCGAGCAGCGGUCCCCGAUGAGGGGCCGAUGUCCCUGACGAAAGCAAGUAGGCGUGGUGAGGCGUCGCUCAAAAUGUUUAGAAAGUGGUCCAUAUUACAACCGUUUCUAAGGCUUACACUUUUUUCCCCUUUUUUAAAAAUAAAAACCAGUACAAUUUUGACCGGGCGCAGCGUUCUUAUUUUUGGCCCAUUUUAUAUUACAGUAGUAUCUUUCUGUCCUGUAUUAUAGAGGGUAUGACAAAGUCACACCUACUGCAAUUAAGGUAUAGAUAAGAUUUAAUUGCUUUUUUUUUUAAUUAAAAAAAAUGAAA